AUAAGACAAGGACUUCAGAGUGUGUCUCUCGCCGCUGCUGUUCGUAGACUUUACAACAUGAGGGUGCUGAUACUUGCUAUAUGUCUGGCCACAGCCACGUGUGUUCCUCGAGAGCGAGGUUUGAUGGACCUCCUGUCUGGUGCCACCAAUGGUACGGAACUGGGAACAGCUUUCAAAGUCAUCAAUGCUUUUGGCAAAGUCAGCCAGUUCAUCGACGAUCUGAAGAACCUGGCCCCAGAUGCACACAAGGCCCUGAACAGCAGCAUCAGUGAUAUCAAGGGCAGCAUGAACAGCAUCAUCGGUGACAUCACAAGCUCUCUCAUGAGUGGUGGAGCUCAGAAAAGUCGCCGUGGUCUGAUGGACCUCCUGUCUGGUGCCACCAAUGGUACGGAACUGGGAACAGCUUUCAAAGUCAUCAAUGCUUUUGGCAAAGUCAGCCAGUUCAUCGACGAUCUGAAGAACCUGGCCCCAGAUGCACACAAGGCCCUGAACAGCAGCAUCAGUGAUAUCAAGGGCAGCAUGAACAGCAUCAUCGGUGACAUCACAAGCUCUCUCAUGAGUGGUGGAGCUCAGAAAAGUCGCCGUGGUCUGAUGGACCUCCUGUCUGGUGCCACCAAUGGUACGGAACUGGGAACAGCUUUCAAAGUCAUCAAUGCUUUUGGCAAAGUCAGCCAGUUCAUCGACGAUCUGAAGAACCUGGCCCCAGAUGCACACAAGGCCCUGAACAGCAGCAUCAGUGAUAUCAAGGGCAGCAUGAACAGCAUCAUCGGUGACAUCACAAGCUCUCUCUCAUGAGUGGUGGAGCUCAGAAAAGUCGCCGUGGUCUGAUGGACCUCCUGUCUGGUGCCACCAAUGGUACGGAACUGGGGACAGCUUUCAAAGUCAUCAAUGCUUUUGGCAAAGUCAGCCAGUUCAUCGACGAUCUGAAGAACCUGGCCCCAGAUGCACACAAGGCCCUGAACAGCAGCAUCAGUGAUAUCAAGGGCAGCAUGAACAGCAUCAUCGGUGACAUCACAAGCUCUCUCAUGAGUGGUGGAGCUCAGAAAA